AUGGACGGCAUCGAGGGCCUCCUGGCCCGCGACUUCGGCGUGCGGCCGCAGGGCAAGGCCACCCCCAUGGCCGGGGCUUCCUCCCGCUCCACCGGAUCCACCGCCGGCUCCAGCGCCGCCGCGUGGGCCAGCUACGGAAGAUCCACCCUGGCCCCCUCCGCGGCGCCGUCCUACGACGACCUCUUCGGCUCCGCCGCCCCAGCCCCCGCCUCCACCGCCUCCUUCGACUCGUUCAAGAGCCCAACCACCAAGCCCGCCGCGCCUUCGCCUUCGCCUGCCCCUGCCCCCGCGUACGACGACGACAUCUUCGACGCGGUCCCGGGGCUGCGGUCCUCCACCUUCUCCUCCGCCGCGCCGCGGUACGACGACGGCAUGUUCGGCUCCUCGGCCGCCCCGGCGUACGACGACGUGUUCGCCACCAGCGCCCGGUCCGCGGCGCCGCCGCCGCCCGCGUACGACGACGACCUCCUCGCGGGGUUCGGGAGCGCGCCGCCGCGGGCCGCGGAGGAGAGGAGGAGGCCGGUGGCGGUCGACGACGAUGACGGCGACCUGCUCGGGGCGUUCGGGAGGAGCCCGGCCGAGGAGAAGAGGAAGCCGGUGCCGGCGCGGGAGGACCGAAUGGGGAGCGCGGGGUUCGAUGAUCUCAUCCCUGGGUUCGCGGGGAGCAGCAGCCCGCCGAGGAGUAGGAAGUCUAAUGACGAUAACAAAAUGAAGCCACCAAUUCCAACUUCUAAACAGACAGCUAGCAUGGCAGAUGACCCAUUCGUUGUUCUAGAAACAGCCUCUGCUUCAGGCUCUUCAUAUACAUCCCCAGGGAGAUCCACAGAUCCCAUGGACAAUCUGGAUAAGUCUGCAAGCAUUGAUGGCAAAGCUGCCAAUAAUACUGCUGAUGAUGAUAGUUUAUUUGAGGAAUCAAGUGCUUUUGACCAGGCUCCAAAAUCAGAUCCUUUGUUUACAUCUGAACUCAAUGGUCAUGCCAAGGACACAAACCCGCCAAAUGUAGUACGAGAUUCCAGUCCUCUACACCAUUCAAUGGACAGAAAUCCAGCACGUCAAUCUUCUAUGGAAGACUUUGGUAACGUCAUGCCCAAGUCACAGUCUGCAAGGUAUUCUGACAUUCGUGGUAAUGAUAUGGAGGAUCAGUCACCAAGAUCUACUGAAUCUGAAGAUGAUAUAUGGCUUACAGUUUCUGAGAUUCCCCUUUUCACAGCGCCAACUACUGCUCCACCACCCUCCAGAUCACCACCUCUUCUUAAACGAAAGCCACUGGGAGCAAAUGGAAAUGGAAAGGAGAAUGGGCAUGCUCGUCACUCUAGCCAAAAUCACAACCAUUACACAGAUUUGCCAAAGCAACCAGAGGUUUCUUCAAUAGAUGACCUGGAAGGUUUUGCCAUGGGCAAACCUCAAACGCCUGCUUAUGACAACAAUGUUUUUGAUGAAGACUUUGAAAGAAGCUCAUCAGAUCCUGAGGAGAAAGACAGACAAGAAAGAUUGGAGAAAGAAAGGGAAAUGAAGCAGAGGGAGGAAAUGGAGAGAGAGCGUAGAAGGCUUGAAAAGGAGAGGGAGUUGGAACAACAGAGACAAAGGGAGAGAGAACGACAGGCAGUGGAGAGGGCUACAAAGGAGGCACGGGAGAGAGCAGCUGCUGAAGCUCGUGCAAAAGCUGAAAGAGAGGCACGCCAGCGUGCACAGCGUGCUGCUGUGCAAAGGGCUCAACAGGAAGCCCGUGAGAGGGCUGCAGUUGAGGCGAAAGAAAGAGCAGCUAGGGUAGCUGCAGAAGCAAGGGAGAGAGCCGCUGCAGAAGCAAGGGAGAAGGCAGCUGCAGAAGCCAAGGAGAAGGCAGCUGCUGAAGCCAAGGAGAGGGAGCGGACUGCUGCUAGGGAGAGGGCUGCAGCAGAAAGAGCUGCUGCUGAGAGAGCUCAGCAAGAAGCAAGGAAGAGAGCUGAACGAGCUGCAGUGGAAAGAGCUGCUGUUGAGGCUCGAGAAAGGCAGGCAGCUGCAGCUGCCGCCGCCGCAGCUGCUGCUUCAAGAGAAAAGCAGAGCACACCAGAUGAUCUUGAGUCAUUCUUCGGUGUAGGUGCUCGUGCCAACAGUGCACAAAAGCAGAGGGCUCCAACACCUACAGUGGAUUCUAUGUUUGGUUUUGGAGCUCAAGGCACAGGAACCACUAAUGGAUCACAGAGAGCAGCAUCAACUUCGGCUCCUGUGAGAAAAGUGGCGUCAGCCACAAGUUUUGGCGAUGAUCUGUCUGACUUAUUUGGAGCUCCUGCAUCUUCUGACGUAUUUCAAGAAGUUGAGGGAGAAAGUGAAGAAAGAAGACGUGCUAGGUUAGAACGUCAGCAGAGGACUCGUGAACGAGCGGCUAAAGCUCUGGCUGAGAAGAAUGAACGAGAUAUGCAAGUACAGAGGGAGCAGGCAGAGAGAGAUAGAAUUGGAGACACUCUAGACUUCGAAAUUAAGAGGUGGUCUGCUGGGAAAGAGGGCAACUUGCGUGCUUUGUUAUCAACUUUACAAUAUAUACUUUGGGCAGAAUGUGGAUGGCAAGCUGUAUCCUUGACUGAUUUGAUUACUGGAGCUGCUGUUAAGAAGCAGUACAGAAAGGCGACACUAUGCAUUCAUCCUGAUAAGGUUCAGCAGAAGGGCGCAACACUUCAGCAGAAAUAUAUUGCCGAAAAAGUCUUUGACAUUCUCAAGGAGGCAUGGAACAAAUUCAACUCUGAAGAGCUCUUUUGA